CACCCUUUGUUUACUAAUGACGCAUGGCGUGGCCCAUGCAAUCUGUGGACCGCGGAGUCGUUUACCUUCCGCGCGACGAGACGGCCGCCAUGUGCGUAGAUGCGUGAGCGCAGCGCGACGAGCGGACAGACCCAGCGCGCGUGCGCAGGCGCGCGGACCAUGCUGCGCCUGCUGCUCCUCGCGGCAGCCGCGCACGCCUGGCACCUCGCCCCCCGCGCACACAACCACACCCGCCAUCUGCACAUCCUCGGCUGGCACGUCGAACUCUGGCAGAACCGAGCCAUCAGCUCCCCACAGUACAACGAGUGCCAGUUCUAUAAGGGCCGCGUUCUCCACGAAGAAGACUCCUCCGCCACCGUCACGGAAUGCGAUGGCCAACUGUACGGCCUGCUUCAGGUCGGCAAGGAGGAGUUCGUCCUGCAGCCGACCAGACCGGGGAGCCAUGUGUUGAGGCGCCGCGACGUCGUCCUAUCUGAACAGGCGACCGCCUACAAUCUUACCGGAGAUACGGUCACUGACCUUGAACUUGAAUUCGAAGAAAAUCAUAGUCUGACGCCGAUCAUGGGCUUCGGAGAUGACUCGGAUGUCGAAUAUUUCCACGACAUGCGGCCCGUGACGAGAUCGACGAGAGGUGUGAAGGGCCUGUGGUUGGAAAUGGCCAUAGUGGCGGACCACACCAUGUUGAAGUUCCACGGUAGGGAGCGAGUGGAACACUACAUAUUAGCUUUAAUGAAUAUUGUCAGUGCCAUCUUCAACGAUCCGUCGAUAGAAUCUAACAUGACGCUAGUUAUAAACAAAUUGUUUCUGAAUGAGGAGAAAGACUCUAUAGUGAAAUAUGGUAAUGUGAGAAAGUCACUCGAAGCAGUCAAUAAAUGGAAUUACAAACAUCUGAAUAAACUUCCAAAAGAUGCAACAGGGUGGGACGUGGCCAUAUGGCUGACCAGGGUGCCCCUGGGCGGCCCGUCGGGCUUCGCCCCCGUGGGGGGCGUGUGCACCACCGUGCGCUCGGCCUCCAUCAACCGCGACGAGGGACUCACUAGUGCCUUUGUCAUCGCACACGAGCUGGCGCAUCUAUUGGGUGUAACCCACGACGGGGAAGGCCACCAAUGCGAGAAAGACUCUCGCCGGGGCACAGUUAUGGCCCCUACUGUAGUGGCCACACUGCAGAACUUUGCCUGGUCCAGCUGCUCUCGGGAGCAGUUCCAUGACAAGUCCAGAAAAUGGUGGUGCCUGCACGAGCGAAGUCGGGACAAGGGCCUAGAGUUGGGAGGGGCCAAGGAGAUCUCAAACUACGUGUUCACCAUGGACGAGCAGUGUCGCACGGAAUUCGGUGAAGGGUUCUCCGUGUGCAAAACAGUGAAGGUGCGGUCAGCGUGUUCACGCCUGUGGUGUGCACACCGCGCGAUGCCGCACGUUUGCCGCACGAAGCGCGCGCCGCCGUUGGAGGGCACGCCUUGUGGAAACAACCGAUGGUGCGUCGGCCGUGUAUGCGAGCCAAUGCCCGGCCACGCUAGAGAUAGAAAAGAUAAGGAAAGACGACCGAAAGAGAAAGGAGAUGAAAAGGGAAGGGAGCCAAAAGUUCCGCGAUGGGACGAGUGGAGUGAGUGGAGUUCUUGCACCGUCUCCUGUGGGUAUGGACUACGUUCUCGGACAAGGCAGUGUCGUUACCAAGGGUCCAUAUCAGAAAGUGCGUGUGAAGGAGCCAGUUCCCAAAUGAGCACCUGCUUUGCUGGGGAGUGCCCUAUUAUAUCAGACUUGAGGACGGACCUGUGUCUACAGCAAUCCGGCCGGUUUAUACCCUACAUUCAUCCAGAUGAGUCAAAGACCUGCGAGCUCUGGUGCGUGGACUACGACGGCGGCGAGCCCAUCGUCUUCGGGACCCUGCACGAUGGCUCCUCCUGCAGCUACACCAGACCCUACGACAUCUGCUUCCAGGGCACGUGUGUGAAGGGGCAAUGCAACUCGACUGACCCGGGUUGCAACUGGUGUCCAGACGGGUACUGCACCAACAACACCUAUCUUUAUACCAAGUUCGUUAAAGGCUGGACGCGCCUCGCAGUGAUCCCUCAAGACGCACAGGAACUUUCUAUGCAUGUGACGACUCCAGCCAGCGUCAGAGUGGCUUUCAAGCAGCUAGGAUCCGACAAACAUGUCAUCGAACUCAUCAGGCAUUCUCGAAGAUUCGCCAUCGACUACCCUCUAUACAACGACCUCAGAUACGACCCAAAUGUGCCUCAGAAUCUGCAGAUUGUCGAAGUGGAUAUCAGAGAAGGUCUAGAAGGGUCGUUAGUUGCUGGUGGGGCGGUACUGCAGUGGAGACAGACAGACUCGCAAAUUAAUAUAACUUCGCUGUCGAAGCUGCAUAGUGACUUGGUUAUUAUGGCGAGUCCGGACAGCUCUGCGUACGACAUGUUCACGGUGGAGGUAUCCGUGAAUUACAGCACCCCUGCCGCGCGCACACACCCGCAGGAGUACAGGUGGCCAGAAGAACGAGGGGUAUGUUCUGUAUCAUGUGGCGGGGGCAUUCGUAUAGUGCGUACACAGUGUCCUAGGGGCCAGCCUUGUGCUCUGCCCAGGUUGGAAGCCUGCAAUACACACAGCUGCGAGUUUUCCUGGCGGGCCGGGGAGUGGGAGGGGUGUAGCGCGACCUGCGGGGAGAAAGGGGUGCAAGAGAGACAGCUAUACUGCGUGCCUACAGGAAUCACCACGACAUCGCAGUCGGAUUUGAUAAAGAACUUCGUAUCCCCCGCGCUGUGUCCUGAUGAGAAGCCGGAGCGGCAGCAGCCGUGCAACCAGAUCCCUUGCCCUUCGUAUUGGCAGGAAUUGCCUUGGACUCCGUGCUCAACCACCUGCGGGCGCGGCGUCUCCCGCCGUCCCCUCAUCUGCCCAGCCUCCAACGAGCUGCUGUGUGGGCCCAAGCCCCGGGAGCGCCGGCGCCGCUGCCGCCAACGCCGCUGCCCCGCCCCCCUCCGUCACUCCCAACACUGCCCCACCCCCGACUCUCAAUACUGCUCACACUUCCAACUCCCGCGCAACUGCGUCCUAUCCCCAUUCCGCAGACAUUGUUGUAACGCUUGCAGAAGAUACAUGUUUAAUUUAGGAUCUGGAUGACACAUAAUCAGUAUUUUACCCCUAUUUUUAAGUCUAAUAUUACGGAACGAAGUGCCAUAACGUAUUUACACUUCCAAUAAAUAAGGUAGUAUUUUUUAA